UAAAAACACUAAAGAGUAAAUAUUGCUUUCCACACAAAAACGUUUAAAUACUGUUUAUUUUAAAGUCUGUGGCGGACUAUGGUGGAAAUAUAGCCCGGGAACAACAAUUCCCAAUGUGCUUAGCGAAAAUACGUCAUUAAUGUGCGACGGGAUUGAUUUGAACUGUUGGAAGAUUUGACGCGAAUGGGUAUGUUAGAUAUCUACCUAAAAUACAGAAACGUUUCGUAUGUAAUUUUCAGAAUCUACUUCUUAUAGGAUAAUAACAAUUGAUAAAAUGUUUAUGCCAAGAGCACUGAAAGUGAAAAGACCAGCCCAAGGCUCAAAUCAAGUUUUACAGAAAAAAAGCAGGAUAGGUCAGGAAGAAUGCAAUGAAGAUGUUUCAGAGACACCUAUUCAGAAAGAGGGAGUUUGCGAAGAAACGAAAAAACAGGAUGAGACAGUACAGGCAGAUGGAGAUUCUGCAGUGUUAAAAGACAGUCCACGAUGCGAAGAUGGACAUGAUUCUGAGUCACACGAUACGGACGAAGAGGAGGAAGAGCCUGUCAAAUCAUUCAAAAAGAGUCAGAGAUGGCCAGAGCCAGGGGAGCCGGUUUGUGUGAUGUGUGGUCGCUAUGGGGAGUACAUUUGUGACAGCACUGACAAUGACGUUUGCAGCCUUGAAUGCAAAGCAAACCACUUGGCCCAAAUGGGGAUGGGGACUGGGGCAGAUGUGUUUAAUCGUGAGGACACAGAUAGCCCUGACAGGACUUCCCAACCUCAAAAGCAAGUAGUUGAUGCCGGUGGAAUGGUUAAACAUGAGGUAAACUAUUCAUACAAGGAAGAUAGAUUUAUAUCAGGCCUCACAGAGGAGCAGGUGAAGCGGAUUCAAGAGGAGCUUGGCAUAAAAACUGAAGGUAGAGAUGUCAUGAGACCUGUGGUUGAGUUUGAACACUGUGGCUUCCCUGCCACACUGGGCACCAACCUGAAGAAGGCCGGCUAUGUGACACCGACUCCAGUCCAGAUGCAGAUGCUGCCUGUGGGUCUCAGUGGCAGGGAUGCAAUUGCCAGUGCUGAUACUGGCUCAGGGAAGACUGUGGCCUUCCUGCUGCCUGUUGUACUGAAGGCACUGCAGAAACAGACUCAUCCCGUUAGCAGCCCUGUGGCUCUCAUCAUGACCCCCACCAGGGAGCUGGCAAUUCAGAUCGAAAGACAGGCAAAGGAACUGGUGAUGGGCCUCCCAAACAUGAGAACUGCCCUGCUGGUGGGAGGCAUGCCACUCCCUCCACAGCUUCAUCGCCUUAAAAGGAGUAUAAAAAUUGUUAUAGCUACACCAGGGCGGCUACUUGAGAUCAUGAAACAGAGGGCAGUGGUGUUGGACAGAGUUGAAGUGGUUGUUGUUGACGAGGUGGACACAAUGUUGAAGAUGGGUUUCCAGCAGCAGGUGCUGGAGGUUUUGGAAAAAGUCCCUGAGAAGCAUCAGACUCUGUUGGUCUCAGCCACAAUCCCAAAGGGGACAGAGGAGCUGGCUGCUCGGCUGGUCCAGGACCCUGUCCAUAUCACUGUUGGAGAGAAGAACCAGCCUUGUGCCAAUGUCAGGCAAAUCCUGCUGUGGGUAGAGGAACCGUCCAAAAAGAAGAAGCUGUUUGAGAUUCUCAAUGAUAGUAAGCUGUACCAGCCUCCAGUGGUGGUGUUUGUAGACUGUAAACUGGGGGCGGACCUGCUGUGUGAUGCAGUCUCCAAGGUGACAGGACUCAACACCGUGGCGAUCCACUCUGACAAGACCCAGUGGGAACGCAACCGCAUCCUCAGGGGUCUUCUGGAUGGGGACUUUGAAGUGGUAAUCAGCACAGGGGUGUUAGGCAGAGGACUGGACUUAGUCAAUGUCAGAUUGGUGGUGAACUUUGAUAUGCCAAACACAAUGGAUGAGUAUGUUCAUCAGAUGGGUAGAGCGGGUCGUCUUGGACACAGGGGAACAGCCAUCACCUUUCUCAACAACAACAAUAAGCGUCUUUUCCUGGGAGUGGUGAACAGGGUCAAACCCACAGGAUCCAUUUUGCCACCUCAGCUGCUCAACUCACCACACCUUCAUGAGCAGCAGAGGAGAGAAAGACAGAAAGCCAAAACAGGGUCUGACAUUCUGGUCACACAAAACAAUCUCAUUGACAUAAUACGGAAACAUGAGCGCUCCAAGAAAUAGUGCUCCGCUUAUUUUGUUUGAAUUGGCAAUGUGUACUUCUUAAGUAAAUACCUAGCUUGUACAUUGCUUUUUUGUAUAAAAACUAACAAUAUGUGCUGUAUCCUGAAUAUUUUUGGAAUAAAUGUAAAAAAAAAGAAAAGAAUU